AUGUCGGUCGAAGACUUGAAGUCAGUCGUUGAAAAGUUGCAGGACAGAAUCCAGACCCUCGAGAAGAAGGCCGGGCUCGUUCCAAACGUGCCAAAGUCCAUCAGAAUGGUGUUGAUUGGUCCUCCAGGCGCCGGAAAGGGCACCCAGGCGCCAAACUUGAAGGAAAAGUUCUGCGCCUGCCACUUGGCCACAGGUGACAUGUUGAGAGCUCAGGUUGCCGCCAAAACCGAAUUGGGUGUUGAGGCCAAGAAGAUCAUGGACAAAGGUGGUUUGGUUUCGGACGAAAUCAUGGUCAACAUGAUCAAGAGCGAGUUGGAAAACAACAAGGAGUGCAAGAACGGCUUCAUCUUGGACGGUUUCCCCAGAACCAUCCCGCAGGCCGAGAAGUUGGACGGCAUGUUGAGUGAGAGGAAAACGCCGUUGCAAAGCGCCGUGGAGUUGAAGAUCGACGACGAGUUGUUGGUGUCGAGAAUCACCGGCAGAUUGGUCCACCCAGCCAGUGGCAGAUCCUACCACAAGUUGUUCAACCCUCCUAAGAAGGACAUGACCGACGACAUCACCGGCGAGCCUUUGGUUCAAAGAUCUGACGACAACGAAGACGCCUUGAAGAAGAGAUUGGUCACCUACCACAAGCAGACCGAGCCUAUUGUCGAGUACUACAAGAAGGCUGGCAUCUGGAGCGGAAUCGACGCCUCGCAAAAGCCAGCCAAGGUCUGGGACGACAUCUUGAAGUGCUUGGGCCAGAAAUAG